CAGCUCUGAAAUAAUCAGGCAGAUUCUGCUGACAGACCACAGACAGCUCAGAAAGGUUUCCUGUUCUGGAUUUGAAGAAACUGUUGAGCAGUUUUGAUUUACAAACCAAACAGAAUCAUUUUCAUCAGUAUCUUGAUCCAUCAGGUCAGGUCUGCAGCAAUGCAUCACUUCAUGAUGUUUUCACUGCUAGUCAUUACUGGGCUGCAGGGGAGCGUUGAGUCCGCAGGAAUACGUUCUGAGAGAAGCAUCGACAGAGAUUACAGAUCGGAGCUGACUGUGCCGAAUGGAGGGAGCUGGGGGUCGUGGGGUCGGAGGGAAAUGUGUCCAGUUGGAACGUAUGCUGCAGGGUUCAGUCUAAAGGUGGAAGAUCCUAUUAAUGGGGAUGAUACUGCACUCAAUGGGAUUCGCCUUCACUGCAUUCAAAGCUCAUCACACUCGCAUCGCAGCUACUCCUCAGUUCAGUCAGAUGUAGGCAGCUGGGGUCGGUGGACAGAUAUCAAAUGGUGUCCUUCUGGAUUCUUGGCUUCUUUUCAGCUGAGAGUUGAAUCUUAUCAAGGAAAUAAUGACGAUACGGCUGCAAACAACAUCCUGUUCAGAUGCAGUCGAGGGUCUUUCCUGAAGGGUGGCGGCACAAACUGGGGCGACUGGGGCACCUGGAGUGAAAGAUGUGAAGGAAAAGGGAUUUGUGGUCUCAAGACACGGAUAGAAGUGCCUCAAGGAGCUGGAGAUGACACCGCUCUCAAUGACGUGCGCAUGUACUGCUGUGACUAAGGUGUAAGAGGACGACAACAAGAACAGCAAGAAGAUCAGAUGCAUCAUAACUGAUCAGCAUACUGUUAUGAGCUCAUAUUAACCAUGUCAUACAACACCUAAUCAAAAAAUGAAGACUGAGAUGUGAUCAGGACCUCAACACAGAGCAGAGGCUGACAGUAUCUCACUUAUUGUGUCUUAUCAGUUCAUGCAUUUCACCAUCCACAAACUUCAUACUUUACAUUAACUGUAAAGCUGUCAGUCCGCUUUUUUCUGAGGGUAUAAUUAUAUCCUAUUAAAAUAUCUAUUUAACUUGAAAUGA